AUGAACUCUCUCUUAGUUCAAUGGUUUCCGACAUUUGCUACUGUCGCUUCCGUGGUAGCCGUUAUACUCUUAGCUCCAUCUCGAUCGAAAACUUGGCUCCGAAGGCAUUGGAGCUUGAGGUUUGGCCACAAUGUUUUUCGCAAUAAAUCGACUGAAAUAAAGAUUCAGAUCAGCCAUCGAAAGUGGGAAGCCCGCGACAAAGAUGCCGAUGAUGAGAAGCUGGACGAACUCAAAAAGCUCAAGCAAUUAUACUACCAACUACACAAUCUUGAGAAGUUCCCCGAAGUCCUUCCUCAGGCCAAGGGACUCUUGGUUUCAUUGCUAGAGGAGACAAGCACAGCGGGUCGGACACUACCUCUACAUGACAGUAUUCUGUCAGUUCAUCCCUUCUCUCGGCAUGCUCUGGAAGCGUUUCAACACAGGCGGGAUCGUGGUAUUGGAAAGGAAUGGGAAGACUAUAACAUUAGACGAAAAGAAGGGUCUCCACGGGAGUUGGUCAGCGACAGGGAAGAAGCAAUUUGGUGGUUGAAGCAACUUUCUCCCGUCAAGUAUGUCGAUGGCGCUUGGCUGGGUUAUAUUGGCAAGGUAACCACACCAUUUGCCCUCUUGAAGACGAUGAAAGGGGCAUGGCAGAUCUUGUCCGAAGAAUUGGGUGAUGGUGAUUUGCGAAAGAACCACGUUCACUUGUACCACAAGCUGCUCGAAACUACCGCUCCGGACCUACCUACUGCAGAAUCUCUCGACUUUGGUCACCCACGGCAUCAGCUCAACGAGCUUUCCGUAUGGAAAUCCGCAAUCGCUCAACUACUGAUUUCUCUCUUCCCGCAUGAGUUUCUACCGGAGAUCCUCGGAUUCAACCUUCAUUUUGAAGCUAUUUCAACGGACACGCUAAAGGCCACUCGGGAAUUGAAAGAAGUUGGAAUAGACCCGUAUUACUUCCUCCUCCACAUAUCGAUAGACAACACCCAUUCCGGCCACAGUGCAAUUGCGAUAGAGGUGGUUUGCGAAUACAUGAGGCACGUACUCGAAAGUGAAGGGCAGGAGGGUGCACAAAAGGCAUGGGGAAAGCUUCAGGCAGGCUACCUCCUCUCGUCAUGCUUGCCAGGAGCAGUUAUUUGCCCAUCCCAAAAACAAUUGAAUAGUGGCUCUAAUAUUUCUCUGAGCCCAGCAGAAGUCAAGGUAAUCAACAUAUUCAGGGCCAAGGCACAGGUCGCCCAUGGGUUUCAUUGCAGUAGCCGGGUCAAAAUCGGGUCCCGAAGCGUGGCCGACUGGCUUGACCCAGUCGCACUAGGAUCCAAAGAAUGGCAGAAGGGGCUGCUCGAUGCGCUCAGUUCCAGCAAGUACUGGAUUUGCAAGGGAGAUAGUCGCAAAAGCCGCUUUAUCCAAGAAUUGCAAUGGAACGGAAGAAUGUUUGGCUCUUUCACCCAGGAUGAAUACAAUGUCUUGACGAAAUGGAUUGAUACCCUUCCCAACAACUCUUCAAUUCUGCGGACUCUCGAUGCCAUGGUGCAGAAUGGCGAUGAUGACAACAACAAGGACAUCCUUUCUGGAUAUCCUGUGUUUCAGCGACCCUUCAGUGGUUGGAGUUCGGGGAUACCCAAAGCUUUCCAGCCAGCCACAACCUUGUUCAAGUUCCCAGAGCUCCCAUCUCUGGACAUUGGAGGCCGCCCGGUUAUCGAGAAGCUACUACCGCUAUGGAUCUCUCACCCUUGUCUUCUCCAAAUGUUUGUGUCGGUUCCAAUCAGAACCAAGAACACGUUUGUCUGCUCAAUCAUCAAGAUUCUGCGUGCACAGGGAGGCUUCGACAUCGAGAGAGAAUGUCCUGCUGGGAUGGAUGAAGUCCAACGGUCUCUCCCCUACCGCGCUACCCUCAUUGAAGGAAAUUCUCAAAAUGUUUCCAUCGGAAUUUGCGGUUCAUAUGUUACACUUUUCGAUGCGCCCAAUGAGUCACAAGGCGGCCCAGUUAGCGGCCACGCAGCGACUGUCAAUUCAGAUGUCUCUGUAUAUCUCGGGAUUCCUUAUGCACUACCACCAGUUGGAAAUCUGAGAUUUAUGCCACCGAAGAAAUAUCAUGGUGAUAAACCCAUUAAUGGAAGCAGUAUAGGAUACGCUUGUCCAGCCAACACGCCGUUCGCCGCUCGUGGCAAUGAUCUCAACAAGUACGAUAUAUCUCUUGCAAAUCUUACUGCCCAAGGAAUUGCAACUCUCUCGGACUUAUUUCAAGUUUUGGCAACUUUUAGUGAAGACUGCCUAACUCUGAAUGUCUGGGUUCCCGCUGGUGGGGAAUCAGACAAAGCUGUCAUGAUCUAUGUCUAUGGGGGCAGUUACACUGGAGGGAGUACUCAGAUUGGCUAUUACGACGGGCAGCAUCUCGCAGCCGAACAGGAUGUUAUUGUCGUCACCCUCAACUACCGGGUCGAUAUCCUGGGAUUCCAUGGCGAUCCGGAGUCUGAAAAUCAUAACCCCGGAUUCCUUGACCAGCGGAUGGCUGUAGAAUGGGUAAGAGACAACAUACGCGCUUUUGGCGGCGAUUCCUCAAGGUUGACGCUAUUCGGCCAAUCUGCUGGUUCAGCCUCAGUGGACCACUACGCCUAUUCCUAUGCGUCUAACCCCAUCGUUUCUGGCUUCAUUAUGGAGUCUGGUGCUGCUGGUUUUGGAAAAGCCUUGCCAUCGAACAAUGCCCAAGCAUGGUACAGCGUCUCUGAUACUCUUGGUUGCGGCACAAACGUUACUUCUAGCCAUCAUGAUAUACUUUCGUGUCUACAAACGAAGGAUUUCAAAGAGCUGUUUGCUGCGAUUGCGAUUGGGUCCAACAGCUUCGGUCCCAGCGUCGACGGAAUCACGGGCUUUGCCGACUAUCCCGCUCUUUCAAAAGCAGGCAAAUUUGCCCAACUCCCUGUUUUGACUGGGAAUAACGAUUUCGAGACGGGCGCAUACAUUCCCUUAUUUGCUCUCAAUGGCGUCACUCAAGACCAUCAAUUCUGGGUUGAUUACACUAAUAGGGAGUUUGCGUGCCCUGCAGGCGCACGAGCAAAUGUCAGCGCCUCACAUGGCCUUCCUAUAUGGCGUUACCGGUGGUUCGGAAACUUCCCAAACACUCGCCUGUUCACCAACCCUGAUAGCGGCGCCUGGCAUUGCUCCGAGAUUGCCUUCAUUUGGAACACGCUUCCUACCGGACCAGGAAUUCCUCCUGAUACCGCGGUGGAGGUUUCGAUUAGGGGAUAUAUCCAGGGCGCGUGGGCAGCUUUUGCAAAAUCUCCUUGGACUGGGUUGACGAAGUACAGGGGUGGAUGGCCUCAAUAUUCACCUUUUGAGCCAUCAUUGAUUAGGUUGGCUUAUGAUAAUGUGACGGGCACGAAUGUUGCAUCGUCCGGAACUUAUGAUGAGGCCUGUCUCACGACCUAUCCCAUAGGCCAUAAAAAUCAUUGA